AUGACGGGCAGACAAUCACUUUUCGAUACACCAUUUGACCUGCUUCCGAAUCCAAAGCAGGUCUGGGUGGGGGAACCGGACAGCAAAGAAGAGGGUCUGGGGAAGCUUUCCAUUCUGACACCGGAAGUAGUGACCAAGGCGGCAGCAACCGAGAUCAAGACAGGGCUGCGGGUGACCAUGGCAUGGGAAUUGACCAAGCUGGAUUACCCCAAUCUAAACCGUCAACCAUGUCAUCAUCGGAUUGUUCCGUUGCUGGGUGGCGUGGCUUUUGAUGAUGUCCAUACGAUGAACCCGCAACAAAGUAGUCAAUGGGAUGGGUUACGACACUUUUCGCAGCCAGUCCCAGGUCAACCCGAGCGCGUCCUUUACGGCGGAACAACAGUGGAAGAGAUCAAUGAUCGGACGAAUGAUCGAAUCGGUAUACAGCACUGGGCACGGGAGGGCUUAGCCGGUCGCGGGGUACUUAUCGACUACGCGACGUGGGCCGAGAAGCGUGGUAUACAAUAUAGCACGUUCUCGACCCAUCAGAUCAGACUAUCCGAUAUCCUACAGGUUGCAAAAGAAUCCAACGUCGCAUUCCAGAAAGGUGACAUUCUCUUCAUCCGCAUAGGAGUCACCAAGGAAUGGGACACCGUCAUGACACACACUCAGAAGCAGCGAUACUCCGAGAAUCCGAAGCCCCAACACGCAGGGGUGGAGGCAACUAUUGACGUGCUUCGUUGGCUCUGGGAUACGGGCUUUGCGGCCAUUGCGAGCAAUGCUAUUAGCUGGGAGGGCAUGCCCAUUGGCGAGCUCUUCGACUUGGAGGCGUUAGCACGUACAUGCGAGGAUCUUCAGCGUUGGACGUUCUUCGUCACAUCUGCGCCUCUGAAUAUGCCCGGUGGAGUGUCGUCCCCACCGAACGCGAUGGCCAUAUUCUGA